AUGGCUGGCACGGUUCUUGGUUACUACAGAGAAUACUUGUUCAUGAAUGGCUUGAGACUCCUUUAUUUCCAGCCAACCAUGUCCAAUAAAGAGCUGUUGGAGGAGGUGGAAUGUGGGUCAGCCAGUACUCAAGGACUGUGCUCUCGAUGUUAUAAAGAACACGUUCAGAAAUCCAAGGAAGCCAUGCAGACCUCCCCAUCAGGAAAACCUGGGUUGUCUUCUAAAGAUAAGCCAGACAGCUCUCUUAGAGUUACCCCUAAAGUGCCCUCAACAGCAUCUACCUCAAAGGGGGAUAACUGUCAUAAAAGCUCCUCUCCUGUAUGCGACUCAAGUUUUGAUGGAGCUGCCUGUAGUGCCAGCAGAUUACACAGUGUGCUCUCUCCUGUUUUAUCACAGAACUCCAAUAAACUAAGUAAUAAUUCAAAAACAGAUAUAAACAAAGACAGUGCUAAUUCCGAGAGAGUGAAUGUGGACUUGGGUUUGUCAGCCAGUGAGGUUACCUCGGACACGGCAAGUACUUCAUCUGUAGUAAGUUGCCUCCCUGUAAAUACACAGAACACUCCCUCAAGUUCAACAGAUACGCCUUCAUCCAUGGACACAGAGCAGCGUGGAACCAAGCGGCCAAUGGCUGACAUCCAAGAGGCACCAGACAUGCCAGAGAAAUCACCUCAGAAAAGUCGUAAACGGUGUAACGAGUGUAACUGUAAACUUGAGCUGGCUCAGAGAACCAUUGGCCAGUGCAGAUGUGGCUGUAUAUUUUGUCCCCUUCACCGGCUUCCUGAGCUGCAUAAUUGUGACUUUGACCAUAAAGAGGACGGGCGACGGGAAGCGCGGGAGAAAAUGCUGAAACCCACGCGUCACAUGGGCAGGUCUUGUAAGAGGAUUGAUUCAGACUCUUAACAUACAGCUGGGUGCACUGUGUUGUAUACAACAGUCUGAAGACUGAGUGAGGGAAAUGACUACUGAACACCUGAAGGUGUCAGCACCUUGUAUCAGGAGGUGGGCAACAUUUCAGUGAGCCACACGGAUACGCUGUGUCUACAUACAUACAUUAAUGGGUGUAUGAUAUCACCCAUUUACAUGUAAGAGAACACAGGAUUGUGUUUAACUGACCUUGUGUAGUUAUACAUGUACAUGUAGAGAGAGCUGUGAGUGUAAUACUACAGGAGCUGUACCUUCACAAGUGUGCCAUGGCCUACAGACCAAGCACGCUACGCAGCGUUACACAAUGCUACAACCUUGCUCACCACACUACAUGUGGCUACAGACAAGCCCAGAUUUACAAUACUUUUGCCCCCAUUCCAUGAGCGGGUCAGGCAUAAUCAGAUAUUCUCUGUGAAUUUUAAGAAAAUAGUUUGUGUUUGAACUUCCAUAUUUUUUGUUCUCUGUGUACAUGCUUGUGUGUAUUGUUCAUACCGUGGUCCAGCUGCAUCUGUAUAGUUGAGCACUAUCACCUCUUGGAUUCUCACUUUCUCUAAUAGCACCACCAUCUUAACAGUGUCAGGAAUGUGUGUUUGUCCUAGCAAUAAUAUCAUUUAUUUUUUAUUUUGACACAACUGAUGAAGGUCCAGAGUGGUUGUUCAUUCUUACUUGACACCAUUAUGAGGGCUGCAUGUCCUUUGAAUGCUUUUAUUGAUGACUUGCAAAGUAAGGUUAGUCUUUGUAUCAAGCCCUUGGGCAAAUUGUAAUGGUUGUUAACAUAUAAACAGUGUAAAUUUAUUCAGAUAUACUUGCCUUUAUUU